AAAGACUUAAUAGGAAAAAAAUAAUUUUAAAGUUUUAAAAUCGAAGAAAAAAAUAUAUUCCAAUUAGAGAAUAUAAAAAUAUAUUAACCACUGAACUACAUAGUAACAUUGAACAUUAGAAGAAAACGUUUGCAAAUUUUCUUGUUGUUGUACAAUGUAUAUAUAGCGUAUCUUUUCUUGUCUACGAAAAUAAGCUUAAGUUUGCUAUAUACUGAACUCUUUCCUUUGCAUAGAAAAUAUUCAUAUUUGUGUAAGCCUGUGAAUGAAUAGUGAUUGUUUUUGUGAAAAUAGUGUUGCCAGAAAUAAAAACCACAAAUUUAACAAAUAAAUAAAGUUAGAAAGAACGGAAAAACAAUUGGUUUUUAGAGGUGGCAAUAUUAUUAGAAAUGUUUGUCAGACUUUGAUUGAGUGUGUGUUUGUGUGCUUUUUUGUCAAUACAUGUAAAAACUUUCGUUGAUUUUUAGUUAAAUUUUGUUCGUGUUAAGUUGAAGACGUGAAGAAAAGCUGAAAAACGCCAAAUAGAAACUUUUGAAGUGUGUUAAGAAGAGAAAUCAAAAAGCAAAAAAAGACUGAAUUAUAAUUAUUUUUGUAGGAAUUCGUAACGAUACAAUAAAAAACAAUUAUAAGCAGAAGAAAGUGAAAGAUUAAUAUACAAUAAAAUUUAAUUACGUUUUGUGUUAUUAACAAACAAAAGAAAAAGAAAAUUUUUAACAGAAAAAAGGCCACCACUUUUUUGGUUAAACAACACAAAAAGGUUUUUUUUAGAAAAUGUCGACACCCGCACGCAGACGUCUUAUGAGAGAUUUUAAAAGACUUCAAGAAGAUCCACCAACUGGUGUUUCUGGAGCGCCAACAGAUAAUAAUAUUAUGAUAUGGAAUGCUGUGAUUUUCGGUCCACAUGAUACACCAUUCGAAGAUGGUACAUUUAAAUUAACAAUAGAAUUCACUGAAGAAUAUCCAAAUAAACCGCCAACGGUGAGAUUUGUAUCAAAAGUAUUUCAUCCAAAUGUUUAUGCAGAUGGUGGCAUCUGUUUGGAUAUUUUACAAAAUAGAUGGAGUCCCACAUAUGAUGUAUCAGCUAUUUUAACAUCUAUACAGUCUCUAUUGAGUGAUCCAAAUCCAAAUUCUCCAGCUAAUUCAACAGCUGCCCAACUUUACAAGGAAAAUCGUCGUGAAUACGAGAAACGAGUGAAAGCUUGUGUCGAACAAAGUUUCAUUGACUAGCCAUCCGCCGCCGCUGCAGCCGUUAAAGCCUUUAAUUUAAUGAAAAUUAAUCUUAAACAAAACCAACAACAACAAAAACAAAAACAUGUACGUACACCUGGAGUUCAUCAUACUCAAUUCACAUCAACAACAACCACAAAAACAAGAGCAAAAAUAACAGCAACCAUUUCCGUUUUAUAAGAAAAAACAAACAAACAAACAAACCAAAUCAAACAGCUAAAACUACACACAUUCAAAUACAAUAACAACUACAAACAAAUGGGAAAAAGGAAGCAAGAAACGUAUAAGUAAUAAAAGAAAAAAAAUCAUUUCAGUAGAAAUGUUGCAAGAAUUAAAAAUCGAAAUUCACAAAACAAAUGAUCAAUAAUGUAAUGGAAAUGGUUUAAAUUUGUAAAAGCAGCUUUUUUUACUUAGUUUUCCUAUUUUCUUAACUCCUCCUUCUGCUCUCCUCUUAUAAAGAAAACCUCGUCCUUUUUUAUUAGCAAUAUUUAAAUAUAUUAUGUGUGCAACUGCAGAGAAGCAGCACACAAAAUAAUAAAAUAAAUAAAAUUAAAGAUAAAAAUUAACAAAGCAAAAAAAGAAAAAAAAAAACUAAAUGUGAAUUAAAAACUCAUUGUUUUAAUUGAAAGUAAAAGAGAAUUAUAUUAAAUUAAACAUAAACUAAUUAAAUAUCAUGAUUUCCAAAAAAACAACAAAACAAACAACCUCUAUACAACACACACACACAAACUCUUAUAAAUCAACAUUAAACAAAAUA